CUGGACUGCAGUUGAUGUGUGUCUUGUUUAUUUAAUUGCCAUUUUGUAGUCUGCUAUUGCAAACAGUCUUGAAAGAAAUGAAAUGGUAUUAUUGUACACUGCGAAUAUAAUCAAAAGCACAUUGUAAAUUUACGAUAUGUCGAAUGAAGGAAUCACAGAAGGCAACUUCAGACAGUUGCUGGUCGACACGGCAGAAUGGUAGGAUCGGCUUGGAUACUUGAAUAUGUUGAAAGUUCUAUACCGAGACUAUGUGAGUGACAGUUAUCAGUUGAGUAGUGCUACUACGGUGAUGGACUUACUACGUAUGUUAAUUGGUUCUGGAAAUUUGAGUUCGGUGAAUCUUACUAUCCUAUACGACACAGUGAAAACAACCCAACAAUUUGGCUUUGAAUCGAAAAUCAAGGAUAAACUUCCACCAUUCAAAAAUAUCACGGAACGUGUAGUAACAAGUUUACGCAAAACAGACUUACACUUUUAAAGCUGGGAACAACACUGACUCAAGAUGAUGUAGCAAGGCUUGAUGGAAUACCGUAUACAACAUUCCACUGUUAAAACAAUAUGGAGACAGUUGGAGUUUGAUUUUGGAUCUAGAACACAGAAUGGAACUUAGUGAUGGAAAUAUGGACAACUUUGUCGGAGUGUUACAAAGUAAUGGUCUGAGCAGGGCAGUGAAAGCUUUAGUUGAUGGUGAUGAAGCGGAACCAUUGAUGUUCAAAAGUCCAAACGUAGUGUUGCCAAGCAACCAAGAUGUGAGUAUCAGAGAAUAUCUACUCAAUCGACAACUUAAAUUGUGCCGCAAUGCAAACCGGUUCACGCCAGCAACUUUGAAUACAAGAUACCAAGUAGAUAUUGCCCAUAUGUUCACGGAUCUGGAAGUACUAAAAGAAAAUAAAAAGAAGCAAGGUUCCAAGCAAACAACUCUGGAUGAAGUUUUGGGAAUCAUCAAAUCAUCACCUUCAUGUAAAGUUCUUAUCGAUGGUGAGGGUGGUAUAGGAAAAACAACCCUUCUUAGGUACUUAGCAUAUAACUGGGCUACUAAGGAAUCAGAUGAAACCUUCAAAGGUAAAUUAGUAUUCCCUGUCAAUAUCAGAGAUAUGGAAGAAGGUAAGGAUAUCUUAGAUGUAAUUGUAAAACAAAUGAAACUAAAAGAUUUCAAUUUGAAAACGAAUCUCCCAAAUGAUCCAAGUUUAAUAAAAAGAUUCAUAAUGAAUCAUGAUGACGAAAUUGUAUUGCUGUUGGAUGGAUUAGAUGAAUUAAGAGUUAGAAAUGAAAGUCCAAUUAGCCUUUUCAGAAAGGAAGAAUUGGAAAACAGCACGGUGAUACUCACAUCUCGUUCAGAAAAUAUUGAUGAAUACAUUAAAGAGAGCAGUGUUCAUUUAAAAGUGAAGGGGUUUAAUGAACACAACAUAAAUAGAUAUAUCAAGAAAUACUUUGAAUACGUGGAAGUUCCUGCAUUGGGAGAUUCUCUUAUUACGGAGUUGUCAGGCUCAAUGCGUAGACCUACCUGGAGAAAUACACAUAAUGAAGAAUAUUCUAUGUGUAAGAAUCCAAUGUUGCUUCUCUCAAUAUGUAUAAUGUGGGAAGAUAAGCAGCAUCUUCCAGCUGAUAAAACUGAUCUUUUUAAGGAGAUUUAUCCAUCCAUCUUGAAUCAGUUCAUUGAAAAACAAGAACCAAAAGAUAAAAAAAAUCUCUAGAUUCGAGGAUACACCAGAUAAAUAUGUAAAUGCUAUGCUUCUUUUAGGGAAAUGUAUGUAUAACAGCUUAAAGAGAAAUCAGCUCUUAAUCAACAAGAAAGAUUUUGAAGGAAAAGAAGAAACGAUUGCUCUAGCAAUAAAAUUAGGAUUUGUGUACAAAGAUGUACCAAAUAAGGAUGAUUUUGAUGAUGUUUUUGCAGCUCCUCACAAGUUAAUAGUAGACUCAUUGGUAGGAUUUUAUUUGUACAAACUAUGUGAUACAGCAGGUUUGGGAACUGAGGGUCUCGGAUAUAUGGCCAAGUUACUUAAGCCAUUAGAUGAUAAUGAAUGGGAGAUAGUAAUAGAGAGUGAAUAUUUUCAGAUAGCAAGAGAGUGUACUAUUGGAUUCCUAGGGGCUGAUGCUGGAAAGUUCUUGAAGCAUUUGAUAACAAAUAGUUUCUCAAAAUAUCGCUCUCUAAUGGCAUAUGUAGAACUUGUGAAAGGCGGGCACAAAUCUCUUGUAAUAAAAGCACUUGAUGAUCACUUUACCAAGAAAGGUUUAAAAAUAAAGCGACAUACUGCUGACAUUUAUAAAUCACUUAAGAGAUUUAAAAAUAAUUUCAAUCCUGAUGUGCAGGAAGAGGAAGAACAUUUCAUACAUCUUAUGAGAACAAUUUAUGAAAUAGUUCCAAGGAUACCCCUCUCAGAGUAUUACACGAGGCAUAGAAAUAGAGUGGUGAAAACUGUGAUUACUCCCCUUAACAGUUUGUGUAAAGGACUGUCAGCUGAAAAAAGGGGCAGAAUGUUUGCGCAUAUUAUGCUUGCUGUACCAGACCAACGUUUAAUUUUGAAAGCUAUCCAUGAAGUGUGUGCUGAUGAUUAUAUUAAAUACCUAACAGCUGAAUUUCAGAAACUUAAUCUGAAAUAUGAUUUUACAGAAUACAGAUUGCACGGUUCCUCAGCUGUCCCUAUUCCACCAAUUACUGCAUCAUCUUUAUCUCACCUUUUGAUCAAUGCACCAAAACUUACAUCACUAUUAUUGAUUAGAUGUGUUACAUGUGUUGCUUUGAAUGAUGUGAUCAGAACAUUUUCUAGCAGAGGAGAUAAGUUACAAUUAAAGUGGUUGAACAUUGGUUUUAAUAAUUUUGGCAGCAUUAAUGGUUCAGUGUUGGGUUCAUUAAUGGUUAUUACUCCUAAGCUGAAUAAUCUUUACAUGGAACACAGUAACUUAUCAGUUUUCAUUUUGAGUGAUAUGAUCAAAGAAUGUUAUAGUAGAGGAGUUAAGUUGGAGCUAAAGAGUCUUGGAAUCAGUGGUAAUGACCUUAGCAACAUCGAUGACUGUUUAAUGCAUUCUUUAUUGGCUAUUGCUCCUAAACUGAAUCAUAUUAACAUGAGCAGAUGCAGUCUAUCGGCUGACACUAAGAAUGAUCUGAGGCUGAUAGUCAACACGUAUAGUAUAGAAUUGCAUUUCAAUUAUAGGCCUAUGGAUGUAUAUAACGUGUACUCCUAGUUGACGAAUCACCGUUUGUCUGUAGUAAGCCAUACAUAAUAUCAUGAUACUAUGAAAACAUUUAUGUUUAUCUUCAGAAUAAAUUCUGUGCAUUGACGUAUGUAAGGUUAAGUAGGAGUUAGCCAUAAAACUCUGUGUAUAGAAAAAAAUGUGUUCAUAGUGACUAGAACUAUUGUAGACCAAGAGUAGAUUUUAAUUUAAACAAUAAAUAUGUUUAUUAAUUUCCGUAAGUUUUCCAAUCUUGAUCAUCCCAAGGUAGUUUAUUUAUACAUUUGCUCGCACAAAAUUGUUUUAAAAGUUAUUGCUCAUCUGAAGGUUUUGAGUUUUAUUUCUGUCGAAAUUUUUGUUUAUUAUUCUCAGGAAUUUUAAGAAACAUUUAUGUACAUGAGAAGAAAAUAUGUUUAAAUCUUUAAAUCUUUUUUAUAUAUUUUAUUUAUUGAAAUGGUUGAUAUUGUACAGUACUAACUUUUAUAUUUAAAAAUACAACACGUCUAAUUUUGAUUAGCUCAUUUAAUAAUAAAAAUUAUAUACUUCCAAUAAGACACAUGUUACAAACAUUUUACUACAAAUAUAAUUAAAUUGAUUAAGGCAAUUGAUUUUCAUUUUGGAAAUUCCGUUGGGCUGAUGUGGUUUCUCCAUGACUGGUGAUGUUGGGCAAUGUAUAGGCCUAUUGAUUGAAACAGUUUAAUAUUGUGAAUGUAUUGAUUUUAAUUUGGGAA